AUGUGUUUUUCAAGGACCUGGACAUCGAAUCAGGUGCGAGGAAAGCUGGUGUACGCCCUGAUAAUAUUAUUUUUGAGUUCAGCAUUUUGCCAAGUGGAGGUAAAAAUUACAAAAGGAAUUUUAAAUGGUCGAGUUUUGAAAUCUAGAAAUGAACGGCCUUAUUACUCGUUUACUGGUAUACCGUAUGCAAAACCACCUGUUGGAGAACUCCGAUUUGAGGCUCCGGAACCAGCCGAUCCAUGGCAUGGUACCUUAGACGCCACUAAGCAUUCAAACGCAUGUGUCCAAAAAUAUGAAACUAAUAGCAGUGAAGAUUGCCUGUAUUUGAAUGUAUACACGCCAAGUACUGAUGGCAAUUUUCCCGUUAUGUUUUGGAUUCAUGGAGGGGCGUUUUAUUUGGGACACAGUAGUCCGGAUAUGUUUGGUCCUGAAUAUUUUAUGGAUUCAAACGUAGUCUUGGUCUCGGCUAAUUUUAGAUUAGGCGUAUUAGGUUUUUUGAGUACCGAAGACGAUGUUAUACCUGGGAACUAUGGAAUGAAAGAUCAAGUUGCGGCAUUGCGGUGGGUCCAAGAAAACAUUGUUAAAUUUGGCGGUGAUCCCGGAAAAGUGACGAUUUUUGGAGGAAGCUCUGGUGGAGCUAGUACCGGUUAUCACAUGUUAUCGCCGAUGAGUAAAGGUCUAUUCCACAAAGCCAUCCUCCAAAGUGGUACUCCGUUAUGCCGUUGGAGUACAUCUCUACCUGGAGUAGCUCGCGAUCGAAGUGAAAUCAUUUCACGUAUAGCUGGAUGUGUUGGAAACUCGUCUUCUAAAAAUAUAUUGAAAUGUCUCAAGACAUUACCGGAAAGUUUUUUCAGUGACGUUUAUGAUAAACUUCGGGAAUGGCACUCGUAUCCUACUGUAUUGUUUUCACCGGUAGUGGAGCAGUGUGACAAUGGCCAAGAAGCGUUUCUUUGUCGUCAUCAGUUGAAUGAGUUCAAGCAAGAGUCAUUCGUCCCGGCCAUUAUCGGACUAAACUCAGCUGAAGGCGGUAUGAUAGUUGCUUCUUUGUACAACGACACUUCUCUUCGAUAUCCAGAAUUUUAUACGGAUUUCAAUCGUUUGCUAUCGAUCAUACUGUCACAUCAGCAUUUCACACUCGAUUUGGGCGAAAUCGGUGAAAAAGUACUCGGGAAAUAUUUCCCAUCUGGAAAAAUCGGAGAUCAUUCGCAUUUGAAAACUGUCGAAAUGAUUACCGAUGGUCGUUAUCUUCACGGCAUAUUGGACAUGGCUCUUAAGUUGGAGUCACCGGUGUAUUUUUAUUUAUACGAUUACCAAAACGAAUUUUCAUUUAAUACUUUAUAUGGUAAAUGUAAUAAAAAAUUGGGAAUCACGCACGGCGACGAGUUGACCAGUCUGUUCAAAUCGGACACUAUAAAUCCUAAAAAAAUGAAUUCAAGAGAUACUGGUGUUUCGAAGCUUAUGGUUGAUGUUUGGACGAAAUUCGCAACAGCAGAAUCACCUACUAUUGAUGGAACAGUAAAUGGUCCAUCAUGGCCAACGUUUAACUCGCAAAGCCAAUCAAUACUUCACAUACAUUCAGAUCAUCCAGAUAUUAUCCAAAAUCCGUUUGAAGAAAAGUAUACUUUUUGGAAUAAUUUGCCUCUUCUUUCUAAUUUCAAGAAUGUAAUUUCAAAAAAUAAAUUUCCACCAGAUCAUAUGAAAAAUGAGUUGUAA